UAAAGAAUGCCUUUGACAGGUAUCUGACUGAAGGUAGCCUUUGUCGCUGGACAGGAGCUGUUGUGUGGCUGUAUGUACAGACAAGCCGACACUAGCCGCACUACCCGGGCUGCAAACACUAGCCUUUUUACCUCAGUAACAAUAAACAUAUCCUUCGCAUUGAGGACAUGAUUGAUGUGACACGUCGGGUUGUUUAAGGGUUGAAAGGGUGUUUUUGUACAGUAUUGGUUAAAAUGUAUACGUUAUCGCAGGCCACAUCAUGUUGUGCAGUUAGUUUAUGUUAUUCUUUUCAGAGUGCGUUCUUGAGAUUGGGACAAUUGACAGAGCGAGGCCUUGUUCUGCUUUCCCUCCAGGUGGACCAAGAUGGAGGACGAGGAGGAGAGACAGACCGGGGGUUACCGCAAUGCCGUCAGCAGGCGCCCCUUACCACCUGAGUAACUGGACGGUGAUGCUGUGGGUGGUGGUCUCUUUGCUGCCCCUGGUGGAGGGGGCCCGUAUUGGCACUGGUUUGGGGGCAGACUCUGUCCAGGCUGUGGGACUGGUGGGAGGGAUGUGGGAGAGGCAGCUCCCAGACACUCUACCUGAGGUGGAUGAGCAACAAGAGGAGGAGAGUGACCCGUACUCCCCCUGGCAUGGCCUCUCCGACCCCUCUGUGAUGGACGAAGCAGACGACCACCCCAGUGGCCGGUGGGUGGGACGUUCCCCCCGCAACUCUGACCCCUCAGACGCCGAACCAAAAGGCUUGGCCAAGAAAAAGAAGAAGAGGAGGAAGAAAGAGAAAGAGAGGGACAGAAAGGGCAAAGGAAAGGGAAAGGGCAGGCAGCCCCAGCAGAGCAGCCCAGACUGCAGGGUGGAGAAACGAGAGAUGCGGGUGCGGGACUUGGGCUUGGGCUUCGACUCGGAUGAGAUCGUCCUCUUCAAGUUUUGCGUGGGCUCCUGCCAGUCAUCCAGGACCAACUACGACCUGGCUCUAUGGUCCCUGAUGGAGAAUGGGUCCCUGCCGCGGAGGACCUCCCGGCGGGUCAGUGCCCACCCCUGCUGCCGGCCUGACCGCUACGAGCCAGUGUCCUUCAUGGACGCCCACACCACGUGGCAGACCAUCCAGUCACUGUCGGCGGCCAGCUGCAUGUGUAUGGGCUGAGGGAGCCAGCCAAGAGGAGGAUGAAUAGGGCAGGGUGGCAACUGGCUGUCACUCAGCCCUGCCUGAUAAUAUACAGAUGGUGGCUCGCCGUUGAGUCUGGGUCUAGGGAGAGCCUCUGGGUUCUGGGAGGGCAGAGGUAGUCGCUCCGAAAACAUAUGCAACAGGGCUGGUCCCCAGUACAAAGCAGGAUGGAGAUUCUGUAGAGGGUCUAUGAUGGUGGAGUGAGGCCACGCCUCUUCCUGUUGUACAUUUUCUGCUGAGGAUCAAGUGGAUCCGGUUGCAAUGAGAGACUGCCAUGACCGAAUGGCAAGACAGUCUCUGGGAACAGUUUUUAACAAGAUGGUGACCACACAAUGGUAGGAUCUUAAUAGUCACAGCAGUUGGGAUAUGUAUAAGACUGACCUGGAGUACUGAUUUAAAAUAUUGACUCAAAGGUCAAAACGAGGACCAUAUCUCAUUGCAUUUGACCACAGGUAGACAGGCUCAAAACAGGGAUUUUCCGUAACUACAUUUUUUCAAUGUUCUCUUGAGUUGUACGAAAUGGAUGCCAUGCAUCUCUUUGCAUUACCGCAUUAUAGUCAACAUAUUUAUUACAGAUAAGUUAUUUAUUUAUUGUCAUUUCAUAUGAGGUCCUUUUUAUGGACUGUAGAUUUAUAUUUAUUGUCAUGAUCACAUAUCCCGGGGGGUUUGUGUUGCUGGAUCCUUUGACUUUGAAUUGUGUUUGAUUUUUGGGGAUUUUGAAACAUUGAUAAGAUCAGAACAAGUGGGAAAGGAACUCAACAUUGCAGUAUGUCUCAUUUCACACAAAGGAAGGAAAUAGUCUUGUGGCUGAAAACCUAACCAGGUUACAAGCUUAGUUUCGUUUUUUCAUUGUUGUUUCAGUAUUUCAGAACAAUUACAGUCAAUAUUAUUAUUAUUAUUGAAAUGGUUUCCUUUAUUUUUGUACAACAAUGACAUUAUUCUGUGUAGGA